UUCUGCAGCGGCCGCAGCACCGCCCCGCAGCACAGGCUCCUGGUGCCCAGGAGCGCCAGCUUCACAGGGGAGACAAACACCGCAUGACGGUCCUCUGGGGUGGGCUUGCAUCUUGUAAUUUCUAGAAGAUCUGUGGACCGAAGAUACAGAUUUGACUCCCAGGUGCUCUUGUGUGUGGCCCACCAUGCUCUGAGGGGGCCUCCCCUGCUUCCCUACUCAGCUGGUGGCAGUGCGUGUCCUGCUGCUCAUGACAAGAUGACUUCGCAGAGUUGCCAGAGGGGUCCAGGGAGUGCACACAUGAACUACAAGGGCCCAUGCCGUACUGCCUUCUGCAGUCAUACCUCUUCCCUGCGUGGCUGCAACCUAGAACCUCCCAACAGAUGUGGAGGGCAGAGCAAGCCAGUUCCGCCCGGCACUGUGGGCUCCUCAUGGGUGACUGGCUUGCUGAGGAUGCUAUUGCUUCUGUGGUACAUGUCCAUGGCAGGUGGGCUGGAAGUGAAGACCACAGAGACACAGACGGUUUUCUUACACGACAAUGUCACUGUACCCUGCAAAAUCCCGGGGUCACCCCACCUGGACAUCACGAUUGUGGGAAUCCUCUGGUUUUGGAAGAAAGAGCGGAAUGAAUCUGAGGCCUCCAUAUACCAGUUUUAUGGAAGUUACCGGGAGGCGACCCGACCUGGAGCCAAUGUGUCAUUGUUGGGGCUGGAAUGGGGCGAUGCCUCACUCCAUCUGCCCAAGAUCGAGCUGAGUGACGCAGGAGAGUACCGAUGCAAGCUGGUGGUCACCCCUCAACAGGCAGAGGGGACGACCAGGCUAGAUGUCGUGGCUUCUCCGGCCGUGAAAUUGUUUGUGAAACCAGCUACAGAGAGAAAUGGUGAAGAAGAGCACGUUAUAUGCAAGGUGGAUGGGUUCUACCCAGCAGCCAUUGACAUAAAGUGGGAGGAGAGCACCCUGAAUGAUCCCCACUUCCGAGCGAUCACUGAGGGCAUAAUCACUGGUCCCGCUGUGAGGAAUGAUGAUGGUACCUUCAGUGUUACCAGCUCCUUGGCCCUGAAACCAGCCCUGGAAGACCACGGGAAUACCUUCACCUGUGUGGUGUCCCACAGAUCCUUACUUGACUCCAAGAGGCUCAGUGUUACACUGCCUGGGAAAAGACCUAUGGAGAUAUACUUUACCAUUGUUGGUCCCUGUGUUCUCCUGGGUUUGGUGAUAGUUUAUUGCCUCUGGAGAUGGGGCAGUGGGAGAGUCAGACAAGGAAAUAAGGACCUCUGGGCUGCAGAGAUGAUGCUCUUGUAGAGGGCCCAGCACCCACAUGGCGGCUCACAACCUCUUGAAAACAUCUCAUCUCCACUGGAUCAUGCACACCUAUGGUGAACAUAAACUCAUGCAGGAACGCACACAAACACAUAAAGAUAAUACAGAAAUAAGUCGGCUUGAAGAAGAGGAAGAAGAAAAAAAGAAAGGCUGCUGAUACAACACAGACCAGCUGUUUUCUGGAAGUUAUUUUCCUAGUUGGGGCUGAGCCAAUGGGAAGCCUGUGCGUAAGGUUUUACGGAUCUCUAAUCUGAUCUAGGUGCUGCUUGUCAUCUUACAGGAACCCUUAAGUGAAGGGGUGCAAAGGCAGUGAGUGGCUCGACCUGGGUCCUCGCAGAGCUGUCCUUCUGUCUUUACUUUGUCGUCCCUCUGUCUUUACUUCGUCCACAAGUGGGCAGUCCCUUGACUUCGUGGCGUUUGCUAAGAAAAUUUAAGCUGCAAUUUUUAAAGACCCAUUUUUAGGAUUAUUUUCUACGUGAGACACUUAAUCAUGAAAACACAGUGAGCCAAAGCUCCCAGUGAAAACGGUCCGUGGGGGCGUUUCCAGCUCUAAGUGCCUACUAAGAUAAAUAACUUAACGAUGCACCGCAGGGCCUUGAAAAACAAGCUCAAGCCAAACCCCAAAUCUGUAGUGGGAAAGAGUUAAGAUCAGGGCAGGGAUUGAUCAAACGGAAAUGAAAAAUUACAAAAUUUGUAAAUCUGAUCAACAAAUCCCAGCUAACUGGCAGAAAGCAAAGCCUCACCUAAUAAAGUCAGAGGUGCCAAAGGAGCCAUUCAGAAACUCAGGGAGCACCAGGACAUUCUUUAAAAGUAGAUAUUCCACUAAAUUAGAAAAUUUUAAAGUAUUGGAUGAAUUACUUUGUGGAUAUGAUCUACCAGAAUUAAACCCAGAUGAGAUAAAUGAUUUAAACAAAACUGUUAGGAGCAGUGAGAUUGAUGUUGCAAUAAUACUGGUGAUAAUGAUAAUAAUAAUGAUAAACAACAACAUCACCAAACAAAGCAGUGUUCAGGCCCUGACGGAUUCACUGGUAAAAGCUACCAGAUGGUCAAUGAAGUGCUGUCAGCAGCCGCUCUGAAGGGAGGAAAGACCACUGCCAAACUCCCUUACAAGCCCAGCGUUAGCACCAGAACAAAACUGGAUGGAGACACAACAAGAAAGGAAGGAAGGUUGUUUUUCUAAACACUCGUUAUUUAUUUAUUUAUUUAUUGCAUGCGUGUGAGCUUAUCCGUGGAUGUGGAGGUCAGGACCGUGGAGGUCCUGUUUCCACUCCGGCAGGAGAGAGGGUGUCCACUUUCUCCGCCCUUAUACAAUACACUUCUUGGAGUCUUAGCUAGAGCAGUAUGACCGGAGAAGCAAACAAUUAUUUAUAUCUAUCUGUUUAUCUAUCGUCUGUCUGUCUGUCUGUCUGUCUGUCUGUAAUCGAGGCAAAUAGAAGGAAUGUCAGGACCUGUAAGAUGGCUCAGCCUGGGCCCCUGAGUUCCAUCCCAGAACACAAGUAAAGGUGGCGGGAGAGAGCCAACUUUGUCUGGUUGCCCUUUGACCUCCACGCACUCUCCAUGGCAUGCCCUUCCCAUCAUGCACAGACACAAUAAAACAAGGAGUGUGGAGUAGAGAUAUGAAGGAAACACCAAAGUCUCCUGAUGUGCAAGUGACGAAUGCACGAGAGACCCCAACAAUGCCACCCGUAUACUGCCUAUGUUGAUGUUUUCAAGUGACCUUUAGUGUCUGUGACUAGGAAUUUGUAGAGCUGGGUAUCUGAACUUGAUGUAUUAUUCAAAAGUUUACAAAGCCAAGUGACCCAUGGCUGCUCUCUUUUAUACGAAAUGUAUCAAGACCAAGGAAAGACUUGACAAGCACAACCCUGCUAUGUGAAGCCGUGUCUACCUCUGUUUGCCUUGAAAUAAGUGUUUUGUUAUGUUUGUAUGAGAUGCACUUUCACUGCAGAGAAGGGUCUGUUUGUGGACACAGUUCUAAAAUCGUUUACGGUGUAGAACCAUUGUCCUGCGGGCCAGAGUCUUACGCUAUUCUUCACUAACAGAUGGUGAGUUAAUAGAGAAGAGAUUUCUGUGCAAUGACGGUGAUCGGUGCUGGCCCCUUCCUAGUGUUACGUAAGCCUUCGAAGAUGCACAGCUUAGGAGAACAGGAAGUUAACGGCCUCCAAACUAGAACUGGUAAUGGUGCUGUCUGAGGCAGGCUAGGAAAACAGCGGGGAGAAGGGAGAGGAUGGAAUGCCCUGCCCUGGAGUCUGGUUGGAGCCUCUCACAGUUUGAGUUGUGUGACAGUGGCUGACGACAGGUCAUUUACGUUAAGAGUGUUAAAAGAGCAACACGCCAGGCCUUGGCGGACCAGGGAAGGCCUCCCCCCUCUCCCGCAUGUUAUUGGGAACCUCCCAAUAAGAAUCGCUGUGUUUACCGUGUUUACCAAGGAAAGACUUGACAAGCAUAACCCUGCUACGUGAAGCCUGUGUUUACCGUGGGAUGCUCUAACUGCCCGUGUCUCUGCAACCUAGACUUGUCCGCUGCCAGGGGCACCUCAGGGGCUACCCUGUGGAGACAGUGGCUUCCAGAGCCAUCCGAAUUCUUUGUGUAAGCCAGACACGGCAUUGCACAGCUUUAAUCUAGCACUUGGAGGCAGAUGUCUGUGAGUUUGAGGCCAGCUUGAUCCACAUAGUGGGUUCCAGGCCGACAUAAGGAGACACCGUCUUAAACAAGUAAGAUAAAUAGUAAAUUCUAUGUAUUAGUAUUGUAAAGCCGAUGAAGGGCGGCUGUUCUCUGGGAAGCCCUCAAUCAUGGGCUCUGAUUUUUUUUUUUUUUUUUUUACUUUCUCCCAAGUGCCUUUUCUCAAUAAUUGUAUUGAAAUGUAUAGUAAAAUCUUUUUGUAAUAAACUCUAAAUAUCCUUUGC